UCAUAUAUUUUUAUAAAAUCAUUAUACAGUUUGAUAUUAAAAAAAGACGAGCGAAAAAUUGCGUACUUUUUUCUAGUCUAGAAUAACGUCGGAUAAAUUUCAGUCAGUCUAAUACCGGUCUGAUUUUUUUUUACAAAAUUUCUCAAAAUUCGUAACUAUUAGCCUAUCGUAAAAUCACGGUGUUUAUUACCUUCGAACGCUUUUACGCGCAAUCUAAUCUUUAAUUAUCUAAGCGAACAUAGUGAAACCGUAAAUGCAUGUUAGAAAAAUAUAUUUGUUAUAGAACGUCUGAACAAUGAAAGUUUUACCGUGUGCCCGUAAGGACGUUUUAAAUUAACCGCUUUUUUCUUCGUUGGAAUUGUGCAUACCUAUGCCUACAUUUAUGACUUACGACGACGUUAGGCCCAAGUAGGAGUUUCAUCCCUACCACCAGACCCUUCUUUUCGCGAUCGUCGGUCACGGUGACAUCCUAUCUCGGCAGUUGAAUUUCGAAACUCAUCUACGUCAGGUCGGCAGUUCUUGCUUAACAUUUCUACGCGAUUUCGCAUCUCCUCUAAGCGUAUUUUCUUUAAACAGUCGUGCGUGAUUUUGUGACAUACAAUCGUUCAUGAUGCAUGUACCGCUCGUGCAGAAACUUCCGAUGCCACAGGUGUCGAACUUCUUUUACCCGUUUAACACCAGUUUGGAAGAAGAAAUGAAAAGAUUAUUUCAAUUUACGAUUGAAACACCACCUCCGCCCGUGCCAAACGUGGAGGCUGUAAUGGAGGAGUUUCGUCGUAAUGGCCGGGAUUUUGAAUACUGUCCAGAUUUGGACAAUGGUGCACCAGAAAUAACGCCACGCCGCAAGAAAAAUAAGAAACCCGCAGCUACAGAAUGCGUUUUCUGUAAAAACAAUGGUGAAGAGGAGGCUUACUAUCGACAACACUCGUUGAAAUAUGAUGACGGACGUGUCUCGUGCCCGGUUCUGAGGGCUUACGAGUGUCCAAUUUGUCAUGCUUGCGGUGACGAUGCCCAUACGAUCAAGUACUGUCCCAAGAGGCCAAAGAGUCCCGGCACGAUGCCAACAGUGAACGCCUUUAAAUUGUUGAAAAACUCAAUGGGUAAACGACGUGUCAAGUAAAGGGGCACGUGGCCUCUCUUGUGUGACAAGAAGAAGCACCGCUGUGCCAUAAAAAAUGUCUUUCUUCAAAGUUUUCAAGAAACAGAUCUCUAAAACAUCCAGCUUCGAACGUUCUGGUAUCAUCUGCUGGCAGGUAAACUGUUCGAAGUAAACGAGCCAAAGAAAGUAAUCGUGCCAGAAAUAAGCGUUGUCGUAUUUUUAAUAAUUCGUGUAAUAAAAUUACCGCUUGGCGAUCUACUGUUUUAUAUUAAACUAGGCGUUAUCCAUCUGUUUCUUUUACCGUUUGAGUCGCCGCAGAAACAACGCGAUAGACAACAUUUAUAAAACAGCGUCGAAGCACAAAUUGUUGAGAGAAUUAUUAACGAAAGCUGUAUCCAAAGAUCUUCGCUUAGAUUCGUAAGCUAAUUAUUUAUAUCGUGUGUGCCAUAUGAUAGUUUCGUUUAAUUUCUCAUCGUUAUUACGAAAAGAACUUCGUAGAAAAGAAUGUCGUAGAUAGUGCACAAAGCAAAAAUAUUCGUUAAAAUGUAUCGAGGUUUUACCAUCGUUCGAGCCAGCAUUUGAUACUUCAAACAUUUCGAUUUUUAACCGAAAUUUAUGUUCAUUUACAUGCGUUGACCUUAGUAUAAUGUACUUGCAUAUUAACCGAUGAUUUGUGAAAAUGUUUACAUUUCUUGAAAUGUUCUUUUUUUAACGAUUUUUUAAGGAAAACUAGUAGCAAAUACUGUGAUAAUGCGAACAAAGACUCCAUUUUUUACACAACAGCCAUCGAUUUAACUUUUGUGCGACUAAAUUUUUGCAAGAUCAUAAUAUCGAUCCCCGGUCAAUCAUUCGAGAAAGUAAAAUAAGGUUUUUUGUUAUUUGAAAUUUUACACGAAAACUUGCUCGAACCAUGUUCAGUGAUCCGUAUUAGGGAUUACCUCUUUUGUCCUUUCGUCGGACAUCUGAUUAAGUUAAAAGUUGUUUUGUUGCCAUAAUGCCAUUGAAAUUAGGAUAUGACGUUUACACAAAACGCGGUUUUCUUCUAUUUAUACACUGCAUCUAACAGAAAGAGAUUGUAUUUUUUGAGGUUUGCCAAAAUUUCUUUUGUUACUUUACAAGAUUUACGAAAGAAAAGAUUCUUUCAAUCGUGUCUUAAACGGUCGACGAAUGACCAACCAGAUGAAGUUCCUUUUAAAAUUGCUAUACCCAACUCUUUGUAGAGUUCGAAUUGGGUCGUUUAUGUCCAAGCCUUGCAUUUCAACAAAAAUGAAAGUUCGUCAAGUAAAAUUUCGCUUGUAUCCCGUGCGACCCCGUAUUACAAGAUGAAAUAUCGAGGAAGUUAUAUAAGUUUGCAUCUCGUUCUUUCAAUUUUUUUUAAAUUCGUUCGACUCGGUGCUGUCUCUCGAGUAAUAAUUCUAAAACCAACAUCAUUUCGAAUACAUCAUUUUAUGGAACCAUGAACGUGUGAAGCCUCUCUUGUUCCUGUGUAUUCGGCCAUGAGUUUUAUCGAAGGUCAUCGGACCAAUGUUGCAUGUAUACAUUGAAUCUUUGUAAUUACCAUCUUUUGUUCGUUGCUUCGAUGAUUGAUGGUUGAAUCGUUGCUCUUUCUAAACAGAGAAGUUUUUAUUCAUCAGUUUGUAAAAAAGCGACAUACUUUUAUGGGAGAGACCCUUUAGGACGCAAUCCGUAUGAUUCCUACAAGUUCACAGUCCUAUUCGAGUUUUUGAAAAUAAGUCUGGUAAAAAACGAAGCACCGUAUAUAGGUUAAAAAACGAAAUCAUGCAAACUUUAUUUUUCCUUGCAUAUAAAGUUGAAAUCUUAAUUAGGAAGUAAGCAAUUAUAUCUUUUUGAAAAGUGGGUCAGAAUGCGUGUAAUUAUAUUUCUUUUACGGCUACGUUCCUAUGUAAUUAUUAUGUCUUAGUAUAUACCAUACAUGUAUUAAAUAGGAAUGACAGUUUAUUAUCUAUGGAUAUAUAGAGUAUAGACAGUUUCGAUAAUAGAAAUCAGACGAUGUUUGCAGAAUCUGAUGUCAUUCUGUUUUCUUACACGAAUGUUUCUUUUGUACAGUGCGUUUCCGAAAGUUCCAGUAUUGAGUUUAUUAGCGUUAAAAUAGAUAUUUAAGUUCCAAAGUAAUUAGAAGUUAUAAACUGUUAUAAUAAUAUUAAUAAUCCUUUAUACAAAUUGUUUAUAAAGAUCGUUGUACUCAGAAUAUUUAUAUACUUGUAUUUAAAAAUCGUAAAUAGUAUUGUUACUUCACCGAUAGAAUUAAGGAACAUAAACAUAUUAUAUAAGUACGAACUGACUGAGAAUAAUAUGAUGAAGCAGCGUGCAAAUUACAAAACGACGUAUAAUUUUCCACUUGUGGUGGGAAAAAUUUUUGCGAAGGAAAUACUCGUGAUUUGUUACAAAAGUAAUGAGACGUUUACAUAUUCCAUUAGUUCGAUAGAAAAAUAUUAUCAGUAAAAAUAGCUGAGCACGAGUAAUUAUUAAAUUAAUAAUUUGCUUAUUUGACCCUCGGCUCUGUCAUUACUUUUCUGACGAAGAAUGUUGCGUUAUGUAGUGGCCGAGUUGGUGGUGAACUGCUGGCCUCAUGCUACGUACACGCGGUGUAGAUGAUUCACAAUUAAACGCGAGAUGACGUUACCGUAAUCUGAUGCCAGCAUGGUUUACGAUUAACACCGGCAGGUGAUAACGUAAUAAUAGCAGCUAAACAGAGGAAGGGUCUCCAACGUACAGUUAUUACUUUAUGUAUUUCCAUGCUUGCUUCGCUCACGAUAUUAUUAAUGGCACAAUUUUUGUGCUGGUUCCAUAACAAGAAUUGUACAAAUGUUUGAAUUUCUAAGGGGAAAUCUUUCUUUUCUAUGGUUACGUCGGAAAAUAUUUUCAUGCUUCGAUGCUUUCAACGAUUUAGAUAAGAAGUUACAAAAUAUAUGUAUUUUCUAGUGUAACAAUAAAAAGAGACAUUUCCUUGUAAGUGGUCGUUAUCCGAUCCCGCACACUACUCCAUAUACAUACAUUAA